AUGUCCGGCGCACUAGCCGGGGUCACACGGAAGGGGCUCCUCCGCCUUUCCGCCGGUGUUUCUUGCUUUCAACUUUGCGAAGUCGAUGAAAGUGCUGUUGCUCUCUGUACCUCCCCGCACCGCAGGGGUGACUGCGAGUCCGUCGGGUGUGGAGGAGUGUCGGCCUAUGCCCCCACCGAGGACACCCGCGCCCGCAUCUGCCACCUUCACGAGGAGGUGGGCAUGGUGAAAGUCAGGGACAGGAUUGGGACGAGGGGCGAAGAAUCGGCGUGCAUCAAGCAAGCUUCGUUUGCGAUGGACGGCGGCCGCUACCCCAAGUUCUGCAACGACCACCGGCAGGAAAACAUGAUCAACAUUCGCAAUCAGCGGUGCAGGGCCGCGGGCUGCUCAAAGGGAGCGUCGUUCGCGGCAACCGGGGGCGAGCGUGGCCAGUUCUGCAGCGAGCACAAGGGGAAGAACUUGGUCAACACUCGCAGGAGGAGGAGCCGAUGCAUGGCUCCAGGGUGCACCAGCCGAGGGCUGAUCUACGUGAUCGAUGGACAGCAGCUCCCCAAGUCCUGCGUCGGACACCGCGGGCCCGACUUUCUUCUGCCACACCCCGACCGGUCGCCCCGGUGGUCUAAUGGUAUCCUCGUAAUCCGCUAG